GCUCUCGCCCGCCACGCCCCGCGGCCAAACCCGAGGCCAGCAGCAACAGCCCGGUGGAGAGCGUCGUCCCGGACUCGCUGGACGAGUCCCGAGGCCGCGCAGGCCACGCAGUGCAUGGACCCGAAGCACGCUACAUGGCUGAUGUGUCACAGCCCUCUACUAUGACUUUGUCGUGGGCUCCCCUCGCAUGGUCUACUACUACAUGCUAGCGUCGGGACAGGGCCCGUUAGGCCCGAAAUGCCUUAAAGGCGCCCCUCAGGGCCCUCAGGGCGUCCCCCUGGACCCUAAGGGCCUCCGUAAGGACCCUAAGGCCGGGGGCACAGUGUGCACACCGCCAUGUGGCAUUACUACAUGCUCGCAGUGGGCGCUCGGGCCGGCCUCGGUGACGGCCAGCGACCACCGACCGGAUCCGCACGCGGCCUACUCCCCGCAGCGGUUUCCCGGCCGCCGCCGGGACUCGCUCACCAGCUCCACGGGGACCUCGUCGGUGCGCAGGCUGAUCGCCGUGGUGCGGUCGACGCCGUCGCGGCUGGGCCCCGUGUACACGCGGCGCACGCUGUGCCGCAACUACGCCGCGCUGUGCAUGGGCCACACCAUGUUCGUGGUGGCGCUCAUGCCGCUCGUGGCGCUGCAGGGCUCCGUCUCGGCCUGGUGGUGGUCCUGGUCCUACCCCAGCGACCCCAACAGCGACGCGGGCGCGUUGCUCCUCAUCGCCUUCUUCGCCGCCGCCGCCCUGUCCGCCCUGGUGGCGCCGGCGGUGGUGGCGCGCCUCGGGCCCAACUGGACCCUCAUCCUCGGCUACCUGGGCAUCUCCGUGUUCCUCGCCGCCCACCUCUACCCCACGCUGGAGGUGCUGCUGCCCACGUACCUGGCGGCGGGCCUGUGUCUGGGCCCGCUGGCGGUGGCGCGCGUGACGGUGCUGAUGGCGCUGUCCUCCAAGCUGGCCCUGCAGCUGACGGAGCAGGAGGAGCAGGACGCGGACGCCGAGGAGCUGGAGGCCGUGAUGGCGGGGGCCGGCGGCGGCGGGCGCACCGAGACGGUGCUGCGCCGGCUGGCGCGCGGCCUGCAGAUGGCGCACGACGUGGGGUUGGCCCUCGGCAGCGUCAUCGCCUCCAUCCUGCUCUGGUACACUCUGCCCGAGGCGGCAGACUCGCUGUGGGAGACGGCGUGGGCCGCACCCGACGAGGCCAACACCACCAGCCUCAUGCCCAUCCCGUCCACCGCCUUCCUGGAGGCCUUCUGGCAGCGCAGCGAGGACGGCGUGCGUGUCUGCGGUGCCCAGGCCUGCCCGAUCGGCUACAACGACGCGGCCUGGGAGGCCGUGGCCGUGGCGGGGCCGCGCAACCUCGCACACCUGCUGGCCCUCAACGUGACCGAGUGGGGAGGGAAGCUGGUGCGGCUGCCCUGCAAGGCCACGGCGGUGCUGGCGUCCGUGUUCCUGGGCUGCGCCAUCAUGGGGCUGGCCCUCACCGCCGUCUUCCUGGACCACCUGCGGGGCACAUCACUCCACGGCGACAGCGGCGGGCUGCAGGAACGGCCCGCCAGCGUUCUCCGGGUGGUGUGGGACUCGUUCAAGGACGCGCGCAUGCAGCUCAUCGUGCCGCUGUCCAUCUUCAUCGGCCUGGAGCAGGGCUUCAUGUUCGCCGACUUCAGCAAGUGGUACGUGGUGUGCUCGUUGGGCUUGCACAACGUGUGCCUCGUGUUCAUGAGCAUGGGGCUCAUGCAGUCCGUGGCGGCCUUCACGCUCAGCAUGCUGCUGCAGCACAUCCGGCGCUACAUCGUCAUCGGCGUGGGGCUGGCCUUCCACACGUGCCUCAUCAUGGUGCUGCUCAUGUGGCUGCCGUCCGCCGAGGACUCGGCGCUGUUCUACGUCAUCUCGGCCGCCUGGGGCGUCUGCAACGCCAUCUGGGAAACGCUCAGCUUUUCGCUGCUGGUGCGCGUGUACCCGGACCAGUGGCAGGGCCCCGUGUCGCAGAGCAACCUGUGGCGCUUCUUGGGGCUGGCGCUGUCCUUCCUCAUGCACGCCGCCGCCUGCAACUCGUUCAAGCUGUACGCGCUCUUCGCCGCCCUCGUCUUCGCCGUCACGCCCUACGCCUGGCUAGAGUACCGGUUGGACGCUAGGAGGCGCUCCAAGCAGCAGGCGGUGCCUUUGUGACCCGAGCCGGGGGCGCUGUUCUGAAGGCGUCGCUCCAGGCGGCACCCAGCCACCCAGCACUCGUCCUCGCGGGCCUCGAGGCCGUCAUCGAGGCCGUCGUCGAGGCCGUCGUCGAGGACGUCCAGGCCCGUGC